GCCAGAAUGAAGAGCUAGAAGGCAGGAUAAAUCUUUUUUUCUUCUGGAGAUUAAGAUUAAACAGCAUAUUCUAUAAAACAUGUCUUACCAAGCAGGACGUCCAGAAAACGUUCUCAGACGUGCAGAAGAUCUGAUCAACAUCAACCAACCAGAUGUUGCACUUCAGAACUUAUACACCUUUAUUACGGCCAAAAGAACCAAAAACAUUGAGCCAACGAACACUCAGUUGCUAGAAAUCUUUAAACUCUUCAUUUCGCUUGCAGUCAACAACAGAUUGUCAAAAGAUAUCAAGGAUGCUUUGUAUCAAUACAAGAAGAUGGCUCAAAACUCUAGCGGCACAUCAGGCUUCGAAAACUUGGAACAACUCACCAAGUACUUCAUCACCAUUGCCAACUCCAAGUUAGAUGAAGCACGUUCCAAGGCUAAUGUUGCUGCGGAAGCUGCCAUUGAAAAAUCGGUUGCCUCUGCCGCAGCUGCACAGAAGGUGAUCGGUUCCAUUGAUGACGACGAAGAGGGUGAAGACGACGAGACUUUUACUUUCAACGUAUCCCCUGAAGAUAUCCUUCUAUCUUCUGUUACUACCGAUGAUACUACUGACAGAUCAAACAAGGAAUUCUUCUUACCUUGGUUGAGAUUUGCAUGGGAAUCUUACAGAACUGUUCUCGAGUUAUUGAGAGGUAACAAUAAGUUGGAAAGCUCUUACUGUCAAGUUACUCUCCAAGCCUUCCAAUUCUGCGUCAGGUAUGAAAGAAAAUCUGAAUUCAAGAGACUCUGUGAAAUUCUCAAAACUCAUUUGCUUUCAUUCACAAAGGAAUAUGAUGAUUCAGUCAAUUUAUCCAAUCCUGAUACUUUACAAAGGUUUUUGGAUACCAGAUUUCAACAAUUGAAUACCGCUGUUGAGUUGGAAUUAUGGAAGGAAUCUUUCAAGAGUAUCGAAGAAGUUCACAGUUUGAUGAAGCAGUCCAAAAGAACCCCAAAGCCAAUUGCGAUGAUCAACUAUUACAAUAACCUGGCAAAGAUUUUCCAAGUCUCCAACAAUUACGUCUACGCAACUGCAGCUAGACAAAAGUUGUUCCAAUUGUUGAUCCAAUCUCCAGUCAUCACUGAUGCAGAAUUAAAGGAAAAUGCCUCCAUUCACUUGGUCACCUCAUUGUCCAUUCCACUUCUAGAAUAUUUUGACCACUCCUUCUCUGCUCAAAGUGACUUGGUGGAUGCCGAAUUUUUCAAGAGAAAGAACAACAAGCUGUCAUCCUUAUUAAACUUGAAUGAAAUCCCAACUCGUGAAUCUUUGCUAGGCUCUUCGACUUUGAAGGAAGUUUUGAAGUACGCCGAUUCCGAAAUUGUUCAACUGUACACUUUGCUCGAGAAGUCUUUCAAUCCUUUGUCAUUUCACUCUUCUGUUAACUCAAUCCUUAAUACCAUUGUUAAAACAGAUAAGUAUGCACCAUAUGUUGAGCCAUUGAAAAAGGUUUUUAUUUCCAAGAUCAUUUCCAAGGUUUCAACUUUGUAUGAGUCCAUAAAAUUUGACUUCCUCUACAAAAUCUGUACUUUUGAAAAUGCAGGAUUUAACUACGAUGAAUAUACCUUUGAGGAUAUUGUUACCAAUGGGCAAUACACUGGUUUGAUCAACGCCGAUAUCGAGUUUGACGAAGAAGCAGGUGUCAUCAAUUUCACCGAUAAAUUGUACGUCACUCCAACCUCUAAGGUCAACUCACGCUUGUAUGACUUAAGAAGAGCUUUGUCCAGUGCCAUUGGCUUGAUUAACGUUCAACAAUCAGCUGAUGUUGAGAAAGAACGUCAAGCAAAAAUUAUCAAGUCAGCCAAGGAGAACUUUGAAGACGAAAAGAAGACCAUUUUACAGACUGCUGCUCUUAUCAAGGAGCGUGCCGAACUUUUGCUCGAAACUAAGAAGAACGAGAAAUUGGAGGCCGAAAGGGAGAGAGCUGAAGAAGCUUUGAGAAAGAAGCGUGCAGAAGAAGAACGUAUUCAACAAGAAAACGAAAAGCGUGAAAACGACAAGCGUGAGAAGACUCAAAUGAGUAUUUUGAUGGAAAACAAGAAGACUCUUGUCAAUGAAAUCAACUCUAAGGGUGUUAUUCACAUCAAAUUCGAAGACGUUAAGGAUAUGAGUGAAGAUGAUAUCCGUGCUUUACGAGCCGAGAAACUUGAUGCUGAAAGUAAGAAAUUGGAAGAACAGACAGAUGCUAUUGUCAAGAGAGCAGACUAUAUUGAAAGAGCUCAAAGACAGUACGAAAUUCCAAUUCUUGAAAAAGAAAUUGAGAAGGACGUUUCUAAACAAAGAGAAGAGUACGAGGCUAUGAAGGCUAAGAAUUUAGAACAAAGCAAGAAGAGUCACGAAGAAGCACUUCAUGUCAAGGAAAGACUCGCACGUUUUGUUCCUACUUACGAAGAAUAUACCAAGAAACUAGAUGCUUUGGUUUCCGAUACUGUUGAGCAACGUAAGCAAAAGGCUGCCGAAGCUUUCGAGGCGGAAAAGAAGGCUAGAAUUCAAGCGUUCAUUGAUGCCAAGAAGAGAGAAUUCUUGGAGGAAGCCAGAAGACAAGCUGAAGAAGAAAGAGCUGAGAUUGAAGCCGCUAAGGAAGCAGAGAGAGUUAGAGCUCAAGCUGCUAAGGAAGAGGAACGUAGAAGGUAUGCCGCCGACCCAGACAGAGCCGAAUACGAAUCCCUAAUGGCUAAGUCUAAGUUGAGUAUGAGUGAGAAACUGAAGUUGAGAAGAUUGGCACUUAAGUACACAAACUAGUUGUAGCCAGCUGUGUAUAGCGUGUAGUCUGUAUAAGCAGCUCAUUUUGAGAACCAAUACACAACAAUGAUUUGCACAUCUCACGUGUAAAAAGAAACAAUUUUUCUGCAGUGU